UCAAUAAUCAAACUCAAGAUGUGGAAGAUAGACGCAGGGGUUUUAAAAAUUGGUGGCAAACAAGCAGUUGAUGAAAAUGGAAAGAAAUAUCCGAAGGUUAAAUCCGUCAAAGAGAGUAAAUUUGUCUACUUGAUUUAUUUCAUUGGUCAGAAGAAGGGGCUUAAACUGGGCAAAGACAAAUAUACAGGUUCCAUUGAAGUAAUCAAAAGUUUUCAGGCCAAACCCUCCAGAAAAAUAACCAAAGAAAAAGAGAACAGACUGCCAGAAGUAACCCAUAUUGAGCCCAGUUUUGGUAAAUCUGUUGAAGAUGAUAAAUUGAUUGGUGAAUUUACUGUUGAUGCUCAGACCCUUUCUAGCCCACCACAGGAAUAUUUAUGCAGGACAGUAAGAGAGGACUGGGUUGUGGAGAUAAGAAAUAAGAUACGUGAGCAAGCAGCAAUCCCACAGGGGACACAUCUGCCUGUGCUAGUGGACCCAUCACAGUGUUCUGAUCCUGACAAAUUUAGAGGACAACUCCUAGAGAGUAAUUCAGAAAUAAAAUCUACUGAUUUUACUCUUUACUUGCUUGGUGGUAAUCACCUUGUGGCUGCUAUCAAGGGAUUACAAGAAGAAGGAAUUAAAGGAAUUGGAGAAUUAGAUGUGUCAGUGUAUGUAGGUUUAACACCAGAGGAAGCAAGACUGUUAGGCAACAGACAUAACUUUCAAAUGUCAACUUUGCCAGUGACAUUUCAACAAAAAGUAGAACAGGCCAGGUUGUAUUUUAAAGCAGGUUCCAAAGGAAAAGACUUGGUGGAACAAAUAAGAAAAAUAAAUAUGCAGACAGAUAUCAAUAAAACAAACUUAACUGAAGACAGCUGCAGUACUAUUAAAAGCAUGGCGUCAUACUCUGAGAGAUGUUUUGUUUAUUUUACUAGUUUAGUGAAAAAAUUUGAAGCUAAGCAGGGAUGUCAUAAGAAUAUUCCACAAAAGCUAUUUCGGGCUUUACAAGGCCUUUCUGAGGAGGCCACAUUUUCGUACUUAAGCCUUGCUGCCGAAGAGGGUUUGGAAAAAGCAGCUGGAACUGUCGAUAGGUUGAAGGCUCGAAAAAGCUUACAGACAUUUUUAUGUCAGACAGUUAAGAUAAACACCUGGGAAGAGGCUUACAAAACAUACCCUGAGGUGUCAAGUAAAAUUGAAGAACUAGUUGAAAAAAAAAUCAGACGCAAAUUUGUUCCUGAAGUUUUCACUGCCUACUGCAACUCACUGACAGCAAUACCAGUGUGUAGUAAUGGUGAAGAGUCAGAAGUUUCUGCUCCAGAACAAGUGGACAUAGAUGAAGCAGCAGCAGCUGAUACACAACCACCUGUUACUCAAUCCUCACCUCAAAAUUUUCAAAUAAAUAUUGUUAUAAAAAGUAAGGGAAAGGAAAUUGUAAUUACUGAGGAAGCACAGAAAGUUAUUGAUUUUCAUAAAUCUAUUUUAGAUAAAGCUCUUACAAAAGUACUUCCUUUGGAAGAGUAAAGUAAUUAAAUAUUAAUGUAAUUUAUAAUUCACUUCUAAACAAUUUUCUAAAAGCUUCAUUAUAAUGUCCUCCAUUAUAUACACUAGCUGUAGUGUAAUAGAUUAAAAAAAAAUAAUCUGAAAAUAAAUAUCAUUUUCUUUGUAAAAAUAGAAUAAUCAAUUAAGAUUAAGCGAGGACUACACUAGUAGAUAGGAGUUGACAAACUUAUUUUGAAAUGUAAUUUUGAUUGGGUCAACAGUGGAAAUCACAUGAAAUUUUUUACAUUGUCCCACAAAAUAAAAAUAAAAAAUAUUUCGACUUAAACGUCAGAUAAAAACAGACAAAUUUUUUACAUUUACUCACAAUAUCCUGCUCCUGAAAAUGUUAAUAGAUAUGACUCAGAAGCUGAGACACAAACACCUGCUCCUGAACCUUCAACUCAAAACUUGAUAUUGAUAUUAAAACUAAGGGAAAGGAAAUUGUAAUUACUGAGGAAGCCCAGAUAGUUGUUUAUUUUCAUAAAUCUAUUCCAGAUAAAGCUCUAACAAAAGAAGUGGGUUUGAAAAGUAAAAUAAACCUUUAAUGUAAUUUAUAAGUCAAAACUAAGGGAAAGGAAAUUGUAAUAACUGAGGAAGCCCACAGAGUUAUUGAUUUUCCUAAAUCUAUUCUAGAUAAAGCUCUUACAAAAGAAGUGGGUUUGAAAAGUAAAGUAAACCUUUAAUGUAAUUUAUAAGUCAAAACUAAGGGAAAGGAAAUUGUAAUAACUGAGGAAGCCCAUAGAGUUAUUGAUUUUCUUAAAUCUAUUCUAGAUAAAGCUCUUACAAAAGAAGUGGGUCUGAAAAGUAAAAUAAACCUUUAAUGUAAUUUAUAAGUCAAAACUAAGGGAAAGGAAAUUGUAAUAAAUGAGGAAGCCCACAGAGUUAUUGAUUUUCUUAAAUCUAUUCUAGAUAAAGCUCUUACAAAAGACAAAAAUAUUUACUUUGACUUAAAUGUCAGAAAAAAAUGUUAAAAAAAUAUACAUUCAUUCACAAUGUCCUGCUCAUAAAAAUGCUAAUAGACAUGACUUGGAAGUCGAGACUCAAACACCUGCUCAUGAUACUUCAACUCAAAAUUUUGAUAUUGAUAUAAAAUCUAAGGGAAAGGAAAUUGUAAUUAGUAAGGAAGCCCACAGAGUUGUUAAUUUUCAUAAAUCUAUUCCAGAUAAAGGUCUUACAAUAGUAUUGGCUUUGAAAAGUAAAAUAAACCUUUAAUGUAAUUUAUAAGUCAAAACUAAGGGAAAGGAAAUUGUAAUUACCGAGGAAGCCCACAGAGUUAUUGAUUUUCAUAAAUCUAUUCCAGAUAAAGCCCUUACAACAUGUACAAAAGACAAAAAUAUUAACUUUGACUUAAAUGUCAGAUACAAAUGUUACAAAAAUAUAAAUUUAUUCACAAUGCCCUGCUUAUGAAAAUGUUAAUAGACAUAACUAGGAAGCUGAGACACAAACAACUGCUCCUGAACCUUCAACUCAAAAUCUAUUCUAGAUAAAGCUCUUAUAAAAGACAAAAAUAUUUUGACUUAAAAAUCAGAUAAAAAUAUAUAUUCACAAUGUCCUGCACUGGAAAAUGCUAAUAGAGAUGACUUGGAAGUCGAGACUCAAACACCUGCUCAUAAAACUUCAACUCAAAACUUUGAUAUUGAUAUUAAAACUAAGGGACAGGAAAUUGUAAUUACUGAUGAAGUCCAGAGAGUUAUUGAUUUUCAUAAAUCUAUUCUAGAUAAAACUCCUCAAAAUUUUAAUAUUGAUAUAAAAACUAAGGGACAGGAAAUUGUAAUUACUGAUGAAGUCCAGAGAGUUAUUGAUUUUCAUAAAUCUAUUCUAGAUAAAACUCCUCAAAAUUUUAAUAUUGAUAUAAAAACUAAGGGACAGGAAAUUGUAAUUACUGAUGAAGUCCAGAGAGUUAUUGAUUUUCAUAAAUCUAUUCUAGAUAAAACUCCUCAAAAUUUUAAUAUUGAUAUAAAAACUAAGGGACAGGAAAUUGUAAUUACUGAUGAAGUCCAGAGAGUUAUUGAUUUUCAUAAAUCUAUUCUAGAUAAAACUCCUCAAAAUUUUAAUAUUGAUAUAAAAACUAAGGGACAGGAAAUUGUAAUUACUGAUGAAGUCCAGAGAGUUAUUGAUUUUCAUAAAUCUAUUCUAGAUAAAGCUCUUACAAAAAAAUCUGGCUGGGAUCAACAGUGGAAAUCAUGUAAAAUUUUUGCUAUUAUCCAACAAAAAAAAAUAUUAUUCAAUGGACUUAAAAGACAAAAAUGUACAAAUUAGCAAAUAUGAAAAUAUGAAAACAUUUAUUCAGGUAUAACUUGUAUUAAGCUGGGUUUUUUUAAAAGUUAUUUACCUGUAGUCUUAUUUUAUAACAUUUCUUUAUAGUAUUAGAUUUUCUCAUGCAUUUUUCGGAAAUAAUUAAUUUUGUCCACAAAUGAAUGUCUCAAUUUUAGCAAUGCUUCAUACGAAUAUUCCAACAAAACCAUUCAAUUCAGAUAUUAUUUCUUUCAUCAUACCUUUGUACACCUACUUUUUUGUUUAAAAAAAAAGUUAUUUUUAGGGGUUUAUUUUUUACAAAAACAUGAACAUUGUUAUUGUCAAAUAAGAAGACACAUAUUAUAACAAUUUUAUGGACUAUUUUCUUUGAUGGGGAUACACAUUUUGUAUCCAUAACUCUUCCUAACACACAAAAACUUAUAGACACUUUUUCAAAAUCCUCAAGUUAUAAUGCCAUUGUGCACCCCCUAUUCUAAUUUAUGUUCAAAUUGAUUUUGGGGUUUCAAAUACAAAACAAGGAGCUUUUUGCUCACAGUACAUAUAUAGUUAAUAGUUUUAACCUUCAUGUCAAUUGUGAAAUUUUCUAUUUCUUAUCAAUAAUCAGUUAUAUUUUUAUUCAUUGUAGAUGUAGUUAAUUUAUAAAUACUUUGCUGAUAAUUGUAUUUAUACAAAUGUCUUAAACAGAUUUAUUUUUGCUAAAUAGAUGUCAAUAAAUUGUUUGAUCUAUGAACAUGGAUGUAUAUAGUAAGAGUAGAAUACAUACUGUAAUUUCCUUUUCAUUUUUAAACUCACAUUACAUUCUCCAUAUAUAUCUACAUGUCAUGGUCAUAAAUGUUAUAAUAUGUAUUGAACACUUAGUCAUUGGAAAUUUAAGCCAAAUCACACAGUAAAGAUCCUACAAUUACAUUUUUUUUCAAGUCAAGUUUAAUGUGCAAUUCUGUAAUAUGCAAAGAAGAACAAAAUAUUUUAUAUGUUAACUUUGAAACAAGCAAAGAAGAACAAAAUGUUUUUAUGGUUAACUUUCAUAGACAUUAUAUUAAUUUCUUUCAUUCUAAAACUGUUAUCGAGAUUCCUGUAAAUACAUGAAGAUAUACCUUACAUUUCUAUAUUUUGUCAUGUCAUACAGAAUUAUUAUAUUGAAAGCUGUUUGAUCUAACAUCUUUGAAGCAAUCUUAAGCCUUUUGCAAAAGUAAAAUAUGGGGGUCCAUGUGCUACUUUUUAUUUAGCUCAAUGCAGUAGAUAUAGAUAUUUAAAGUGUUUCACCAUUUCCCUUUUCAGACUGGAUUACUUUGUAGUGUUUUCAUAAUGCAACAUCACCAUGUGGUCAUUUCUACUGUUUUUAAUAACAUAAUAAAUGUUUUGUUAAUUAUUAUUUUCAAAGUCAUUAUUAAGAAAAAAAAUAAACAGCCUUAAUUUUGUCUUGAAUAUUAUGUCCCUUAGAUAAUUUUCAAAUGCUUAUAUCUUAGAUCAUACAGCAUCUGCAUUUUAACCUAAAAUAAAUUACUAUGUAACUCACAUCACCAGUUUGAUGAUGUAAUGAAUUUUCUGUGAAUUGUUAAUGCUGAUCAUUAUUAUUGUAAGACAUAUUCAUUUAUUUAUUAUAAUCAAGCUAAUUACAGCAAGAGUUGUCUAUAUUGUAUGUAACUUUAACGUGUGACACAAUAAAAUUAUAUAUUAAGAGUAAAAUACACAAAUAUGAAAUAAAUAUAUCAUAGAACUGA